CGUGCCACGCAAAAGUGAGAAUUCAAUAUGGCAGCCGUCGUGAUAUCUGCACGAGUUAGUGUCGCGGAAAUAUUUUGAAAUUGUUGAGUUUAAUCGCGAGAACCGGUUAACGUACAACGGAUAGAGGUGCCCGGCCACGAAGUGCUGUUUCAAAACAGCACUGGUAGAAUAGUAGAUUUAGUUAGCGAUUAAUAAAGCUAAUUAAAUUCGUGAGACCGGAAAACACGGAACAGAGCCAUGGGGAAACAGAACAGCAAAUUGAAACCAGAAGUUCUUGAAGACCUCAAGGCGAACACAGAAUUCUCAGAUGCCGAGAUCCACGAAUGGUACAAAGGAUUUUUGAAGGACUGUCCAAGUGGACACCUCAGCGUAGAGGAAUUCAAGAAAAUCUACGGGAAUUUCUUCCCCUAUGGUGAUGCUUCUAAGUUUGCAGAACACGUGUUCAGAACAUUCGACGCUAACGGUGACGGGACAAUCGAUUUCCGGGAAUUUUUAUGUGCACUCAGCGUCACGUCUCGCGGCAGAGUGGAACAGAAAUUGAAGUGGGCAUUCAGCAUGUACGAUCUAGAUGGGAACGGAUACAUCUCGCGGCAGGAAAUGUUGGAAAUCGUUACGGCUAUUUACAAGAUGGUCGGCUCGGUGAUGAAAAUGCCGGAGGACGAAUCGACGCCGGAGAAGCGGACAGAUAAAAUCUUCCGUCAGAUGGAUAAGAACAAGGAUGGGAAACUGUCCUUGGACGAGUUUAUCGAGGGGGCAAAAAAUGAUCCGUCUAUCGUGCGACUGUUGCAGUGCGAUCCUAGUGCACAAGCCCAGUGAGGCCCUGGGCUACCCUCUCAUUAAACACGCAAGUAUUACCCUCACUAUCAUCAAUUAAUCGCCUGGGACCCGGUCCGAUAUCUCUCUAAUUAAUAAUCAUUGCGAUCACAUGAAAUGAUUCACUGGGAAACGUAUCGGAGUUUCUCCUUCUCUUUUCUUUGUCUUUACACUCUGUUUUCAUCAUCAAAUAUUUCAUUAAAAACAAGAUAAUCAAAAGAUUCUUUUGUAAACGUAUGAAUCAUCUCGCAGCGGAUUAUUAUUGUAGUUACAAAUUUAAUUAUUUCACUAUUUAAUCGUUUAUUUCGCAGUGUGAAUUUUUCUUUCUGUUAAACACCAAGAACUCGGUAAGUUUCUCACUGAAACAUCUUCAUUGAACACAAUCAUUAUUGAAAAUAUGGAUUGUACAAAAAUGUUGAGUUGUGAAUUGGACUGGGACCCUUGUAAGUCCAGGACCUCUGGGCCCAUGGCGCUUGCGCAUACCGCAAGCUAGUCUCAAAGACUAGUCCGGUCGCUCCGUCUCGUAUAGGCGGAUCGAUUUUAAAUAAACAAUAAAAUUUAUCAACAACCUUCUCGAUUUCGAAUGUAGCAUUAAUACUCGAGAGCUGCGCAAAGGCGAAUCAAAUCUUGGAUGCUCAAAAGAAAAGGAAUAACGCUUUGAUUCGUGUCAGGGAGUCAAUUUUUCGUUCCCUCGCCCUUGUAUUCUUUUAUUUUCUACGACACUGUAGCUUUUAGACCAUUUUCCAUUUUAUACCUCAAGAGUUUACUCCCUUAACUUAUUUAUUUAAUAUCUGAGUGAAAUCUAGGGUAGACUCGAGGUAUUUUAGUUUGUCUGCAAGUGAACGCAGACUCAGGGCGAUGGCCUCUUAUAUAUUUAAAU